GCUGCAGAAUUAAGGGUUGCAUUCCAGAGGGGAGUGAAAUUGAUCAGCUACAGGGAGACAGGAGAGGGAAAGGGAGGUGCCUGUGGACUGGGGCUGACUCACAGUGCACUUCAGCUGCGUGCAGAGGGACUAUCUAGCUGGAGGUGUGAGGAGUUCGUUCUAGGAACACAGAGAAGCCUGGACCUGGGACCUCCAUGCAGCGGUGUCAGGACAGUAUCCUACUGCCAGCGGCAGGACCUGCUGCCCCCUAUGUACCCACUCCCACACCAGGGAAACCACUUGGAUUCUAAAAAGUUUUGUUACUUUGUUGCCAUUUUUUAUUUAUUUAUUUUUACAAACAAGGAAUUAAUCCCUGUGUGCUGGGAUUCCGCCCCCUGUGCUGUCAGCCUGGGAGCUGCUGCUGCUGCUGAUUCUGCUCUGAAGGAUGACCGGCUUCCAGUUCCUCUUCCUCCAACUGCUGAUUGUCCAUCUCUGCCACAGUGAUGGAAAGCAGCCUCAUCGGACACCGCGGCAGACAUUGGAAGAUGAAGCUUCAGAGAAUAAAAUAUCUGGCACUUGGGGUUCCUGGGGACUGUGGUCAUCCUGCUCACAGACUUGUGGCCUGGGAGUUAUUGAGAGGAGUCGCACUUGCUUAUCUCCAUAUCAGCAGGUCCCCUGGGUACCCAGAUCAGAGCCCAGUCCACGUGUCAUUCAGCCUCAGCCUCCCUUCCAUGAUGAAAGAGACAACAUUUACUCUGUGGGGCCGGUACGGCCCUCUUUCCCCCUUCAUUCAGACGGGGAGAUUGUUGCACCUUUGGUAGACCCCUAUGUGCCAAGGAAUCCUCCUCCUUCUGUUCGAUAUCCAUUCAAUCGUAACACCCGGCAAGAGAUACUUCCUGGUGGAUCCCAACAUUCAUAUCAAAGAAGAGAUCAACCUCCACAUCACAGAUCAACGUCAAACAGAGGUCGAGCUGUGCCACGAACUCCAGAAACACUAUGGCAGCCGUCGCCCCUUGACGUCCCACUCAGACAGGAUGCGCUACGUGCUUCUGAAACCAUUUCUGUGCACAGGAAACCCCACCAAGAUGUGGCUUCACCAUUCAGGAAGAACAUCUCUAGAGUUGAUGACUCCUCUCAACCUUGGCCAUUCUUUCCCGAUUCCAUCCCACUGCUGAAGCCUGAAAGCUGGGAGGAGACAAACCAGGGUCGGGCGUUACCACCGCUGACUCCCACUAAAGAGUCCCGCUACUCACGAAGAUCUCGUGUUAGAAAUUCGAUUAGGCCUGGGAAAUACGGUUAUGGGAAAAUACCGUUUUCAUUGCCACUCCAUACAGAUAAAGAUGAUGCACAGAGGUUUAAGAGGCACCAGAAAAUGAUGACAAUUGGGACCACUGCAAGCCCAAGGAGAGAGAGAAAGAAGGCUAUUGGGACUACUAAGGUGUCAUUAGCAGAUCAUGGAGUGUACGGUAGCGAGUCUCCACAUCGUGACCCAGUCUCGGUUGACGAGUCUUUAAAAAAAGGAACCCCAGCCCCGAGAAAACCAAAGAGAACAAGUCGGUCUUCUCAUCCAUCGUGGCCGGAGCAACGUGUUGGUUCUCCAAUGGAAAGGUUGCAUACUGGGUUCCAGCAUGGAGAACCUCAGGGACAACAUGAGUCCAAGAGUGGCGAAAAUGUUAAUUCCACCCAGGAAGAUCAAAGUCAGAUGUUUUUCCCUAAGGCGACAGACACUAGCCCACAUUUCUUACAUGAUCUCUGGGAUUCUUGGGAAGAUAUUGAUACUUCAAAUUCUAGCAAUACUUCAAAUGAAGAAGAUGAGGAUGAUCUCUUGCAGCACAAUGAGCCUGGAAAUAGUAGAAACAUUCAUAGUUCUAGCACCAGAACAUCAGGGCCUGCUCUCCAGAAGCCAUCUGUAGUACGGAGGAUACUAUCAACUUCAUCUCCGACCCAUUCCACCUUCUUGCAUUUUGAAGAAGAUGAGCACACCAAGAUGAAACUCCUGAAAACCUCUGCAGCGCAAAUGCUGGAAGGUCAGUCUCUCUUGGUAAAGAGGCAAGAGCGUAAGAAGAUGAACUCACCUAGGAUGUUUGGUACGAUCAAACCAACACCAGGCAAACUAGCAGGCCAGCGGGUGGAUAUAUUGAUGAAAAAUUUGGCAAGUAGACAUCAGACCGUCAGUGAGAGGAGCACCCAGACUGAAGGAAGCAAUUUACACGAUGAAGACUUGGCACAAUCACAUAGGCAUGGCAUGAGGCCUUUACAAGAUACUGACCCCACCAGUGCUGAAGUAACAUCAGAUGAGCAACUCCGUUACAAGUCGGAGUCGUCCCACCUGCCUAGGUCCCGCAGCCAGAGACAAAGCCCUUACAGACCCAGCACAGAUAGCGGCAGGACGUACCAGAGCAUAUUCCGAGAUAAUCCUUCUGCUCCUAGACCUCUGCAGGGAGAUCCCUGGACAUCACUGGGGAGGAAUUCACCCUUAACCUUUGAAAGAGGACAGGACACAAGACCAAGACAACAUCACAAUUCUGAACCUCCCCAGUUUAACCUGUACAAUCCUGGCUCUGAAGACUUCCACUGCGUGGGAGAGCAGAAGCAGUACAAGUCAUGCACCCAAGAGCCUUGUCCAGCAGGGCACCCCGAUGCCAGGGCUCUGCAGUGUGCCACGUUUAACAGCCAGGAGUUCAUGGGUCGCCUGUACCAGUGGGAAGCAUUCACGGAAGUGAAUGGAAAUCAGAGAUGUGCCUUGAAUUGUCGUCCCAUUGGCUAUCGCUUCUAUGUACGGCACACGGAGAAGGUCCAAGAUGGCACUCCAUGUGAAGCUGGCUCCUUGGAUGUUUGCGUUGAUGGGCAAUGUUUAAGCCCAGGAUGCGAUGGGAUACUAGGAUCUAACAGCACUCUGGAUACCUGCGGGGUGUGUGGCGGAGAUGGCUCUACCUGCAAGUUCAUUACAGGCACUUUCAAGGAGAUAAAUGUUCCUAUUGGCUACCACAAGAUCCUGGAGAUCCCCAAAGGGGCCACACAAAUCAGUGUCCGAGAACUCACCUGGAGCCCCAACUACCUGGCUCUGAGGAACCGUGCAGGGAAGUCUGUCAUUAAUGGGAACUGGGCGAUAGAUCCACCUGGAAAAUACGAGGCAGGCAAUACUGUGUUUACCUACACCCAACCUGGCCGCGAUGAGCAGGAGGGGGAGUCAUUCACUGCCUCCGGUCCCACCUCUGAGGCCCUUGAUGUAUAUAUGAUAUUUCAGCAAGACAAUCCAGGGGUGUCAUUCCAAUUCUUCAUCUCCUCGCCACCAAGCUCGGAUAAUCCCAGUUACGUCCCCCACGUCCCACAGCAGGAGCAUGGAGCACCAAGAUCAGUGCCAUCCGCCGAUUCUGUUGCACAGGCAGGCUCCCGGAGUCUCACGGCAGAGGAACGUACUCUGGUAUCCCCACCCCAAGCUAGGCCACCACCUCCAGCAAGACCCGCUGGCACUCUGCAGCGUAACAUCCGCAUCCCCCCACUCCCUGCACCCCCCAUUCACUACUGGCCCGAACAGCCGCAGUUCUUCUGGAAACGGGUGGGAAACACCCCGUGCUCUGUUACUUGUGGGAAAGGAUUCUGGUUCCCCAUUUUCCAGUGUGUUUCCAGGAGUUCCUUAGAGGAGGUGAAUGAGGAGGAAUGUGAUUCGUCCAGCAAGCCGUUCCCCCAGGAGGAGGCCUGUAACACCCAGCACUGUCCAGCAUUCUGGGAUGUCGGCAACUGGUCCGUCUGCAGCAGGACUUGCGGCGGUGGAAUCCAACAUCGUCAGGUUCUCUGUCGGCAGAUGUAUGCAAACCGGACCACCAUGGUCCACCCUCAGAGGUGUGGGAAUUUGGUGAAGCCGAAUGUCACCCAGACAUGCCACCAACGUAUCUGCAGCCACUGGGAGAUCCAAAGCAAUUGGAGUACGUGCUCUGUCAUGUGCGGCGUUGGGCAGAGAACCCGUCAUGUGAGAUGCAUCAGUAACCAAGGAGAUGUCAUCGGGGAGGUAGAGUGCAGCAACCGCCUCCGACCUAGGACCAACGAGGUCUGUGACAUGGGUCCGUGUGUCCGAAGCUGGUUCCACAAUGAAUGGAGCUCCACAUGCUCCUCAGAAUGUGGGCCUGGAAUCCAGCGGCGCUCGGUCUUCUGUCUCUCUAGUUCUGCCACAGACGAGUCCCAAGAAAGCUGCACAGGAACCAAGCCUUCAGACAUGCGGGUGUGCAACAGUGGUCCCUGUGAGCGCACAGUAAAGUGGUACGCGGGCCCUUGGUCUCAGUGCUCAGCCGACUGUGACGAAGGCUCGCAGAGACGCGAUGUGAUCUGCGUAAGCAAGCUGGGGACGGAAUUCAACGUCACUGACCCGUCGGAGUGCGCCAGUUUUGAGAAACCCGCCGGCCUGCAGUCCUGCAACUCCGGACCUUGCGGCUCACGCUGGUUCACCACGCCUUGGAGCUCCUGCUCGCAGUCCUGCCUCGGUGGUAUUCAGGUGAGAGAGGUCCGGUGCCUGUCAGCCGACAAGAGCUCCAGUCAGCUCUGUGACCUGGACUCCAGGCCGGAUGAGAAGAGAGCGUGCAACACGCAGCCCUGCUCCGCUGUACUAGAUGAGAACUGCAGAGAUCGAUAUCACAAUUGCGCGGUGGUGGUCCAAGCCAGGCUGUGCGUCUACGCCUACUACAAGCAAGCCUGCUGCUCCUCCUGCUCCCACUCUCUGCAACGAUCCAGGGCGUCCGAGAGCCGAUAGCAAGCACCCCGCCCCCUGCCUCACCAGAUUCUAUAUUUUAUAUAUUCAGAAGAGACCGUAUUUAUUAACCUCUUAAGUGCUGGUUCAGCCUACGACACUUUGCAUUUGUGUAAGCCGCACCAGCAGACAAGUGGUGAAAGACUCAAUUGUAUAUUUGCUUUUACGUCCGCCGCCUUCCCCAUAUCCUGUGUCGUGCUAAAUAACCAAACUCGUAAACCCGCUGUCUAAUCCACUUCAACUGUGACGUAUAGGUCAUGACCGAUACAAGUCAUUGUCAUGCCGAUACUGUAUCUUCAAAAUAGGAAUCAUGGGAAAAACGCAAUGCUGUGGUGAUGCCAAUUUUGGAUCGUGGUUACAAUGUAAUCAACGCCCACAUGAACCCAAAUACAAUAAUUGUCCGGUACCCGAGACAGCCUAUAGCAACCAUGUAUUAGCGACAGACUAUAUGUCGCCUCUUAGCUUCUCUUCCAGUUUCCUGAACCAGAAAUAUUUAACAUUUAUCACAUAAGUGUGUAAAUAUUAAUUACAGCCCCUCGUAAUUUGCACAAUUUUUCUAUGGAGUAAACGUUGCUUGUGUUGUGACCGCCUUCUCCACAGCGUUAUGGUAUUUCCGUUCUACAGUACUUAUGUGAUGGCUUUGUUGCUAAGACUUGUGGACUUGAGAAAUAUUAGCCUCCAUCUUACAUUUACUUGGUCACAUGACCAGGACGAGGCACAGAGUGUGCUAACAAGGAACAUCACCAUGGUGCAAGCAGCUUCUUCGGUCUGACGCCAGAUGUUUCUCCUCAGCAUUGGUGACAACUGCACCGAACUAUUGGCGUUUUUACGAGGAUUGCUGUCACGAUUGAUCCACAUUGAUCGAUAGGAGAAUGUGAUUAAUUGCCAACUGAACACAUUAAUUGCCAAUUCAAAGGGCACCUGCCUCCUACACACAGAGGAGGCAGACAUCUUGUGCCCUGAGAGAGUCUCCAGGAGAAUGAAGCCUAUCAGCUCAGAACCAAGUCCAUUUGUUAUAUAUUUAUGAGGCCUGGCCAGUAUUCGUUAGAGACUGGUUUCUAUUCAGUUGAUAGGCAUCAUUCACUUGACCAAUUGUUCAGCCCACAAAAUGGCUGCCUCCGCUGUGUAUAGGCAACAGUUGCACUUUAAUUAAUCAGGGACUUUAAUGAUGGUGCUGAUCCCUCCUCUCUCUCUCUCUCGGGUUGACGCAUCAAGCAGCGAAGAAGUGGAACAGUGGAGAAGUUGCCCAUAGCAUCCAUUUAGCUUUGAGGUAGCAUUUUUCAAGUACAUUCUAAAAAAUCAUAGGUAUAAGCCGAUUGGUUGCCAUGGGCAACGUCUUCACUGGUGUACUUCUCCACUCUUUGCACUGCUUGACACAUCAACCACUUAGUUUCUCUCACGAUAUCUAAAGUAUGUCUAUUUUAUUUUUCUUAACGACCUGUGUCUGAGCAGUGAAAGUCAAAAUCUCCUUUGAAAGUAGACCUGUAGCGUCGCCUACACACAGUAAAGCCGGCUAUUUCGUUGGGCUGAAUUAAUAUUCAUGAGGCCGUAGGUUGUCCAGUCACAGGGAACAGUGCCUCAUGAAUGUAAGCUGUUGCAGGAAAGUGUGCGUGAUGAUGCAAUUCUGACAUCGUGGACCUGCCCUUUCUCAACCAUACUGCAAUUACGGGCAUUGUGAAGUGGGGGUUGGGGCCAUAAUUCAGUGUUACCGCCCCCUUUCGCUCAGUAAGAGGGCGGGUGGUGGCUGGUUCCGGGAGGCUUGCCCACUCUUCCAGGCAGCUGGGAGCAUCACCUGAUUUCACAAGAGCCUCACAGCUGUACCGGGAGAGUAGGCAGUAUGUUUUAACUUCUUACGCUCAGUACAGUUUAGGUGCAAUCAGUUUUAAUGUACUUUUAUCAGGGUAUUAGGUAACAACAAUAUUACAUGAAAUGCCCGGCAAAUAUUAACAGUAAUAUAGUGGUGAGAAUUGCAUCAGAUGAUAUAAUCAGAGGAAUUGUACCGUGCAGAGGGUCCGUACUGAAAAACAGGCACAAACACUUAGAGACCGAUGUUUUAAACCUGGGAGUGACCCUGACCUCUCUGUUGCUGUAGCUGUGUGGCUGGCCUCAUACAAUGCAAUAUUACCUCUACUGAGAAACCAUUAAUAGUGCCAAAGCCACCAUGUCCCUCAGCUGACUGUGCUACGGGUGGUCUUCUUAUCACGGCAAAAGCCAGCAGUUUCCAUGACUAACAAAACCAUCCUGUCUGUUACUCAGUCACUGCCAAUGAUUAGACUCCACCAUUUCACACUGUGAGCCCAAUUCAGAUGUGCUCGCAGCGGCCGCUGGUUUCAGUUUGCAGUAUGCAUGCCUGCCGAUGGUUACCCUGACUUUCAGUGGGCGUUUUUGUGAGGUAACGGCGAUGGAUGACCAGACGCAUGACGCUGACAGUAGCUGCGGCCAAAAAAACGCAGUGACACUAACCCAGGAGGCCAUGUUCAGAUGGCAAAAUUGCACAUGACACCGCACUGGUGCAAUAUUCGAUGUUGCGACUGAUGGUUGCACCUUAGUACGCGCUGCAACAGAAUAGUGCAAAGACGCAGACACCGUUGCAGAAGAACGGUGCGGCAGAGUCUGCAUGCACCUCUGAAUCAUGUAUUUCCAGACCUGCACAAGGUUCUCCCUGGUCACACGUGCCAUGUAUGUGCUGUGGCAUGUGCUUGAACAGAUAUGUGCGUUUCCAUGUUCUUUACACAUUUCUCUUCACCCUCUCCCGUCAUUGAAAGGGUUACCUCUGUCACACGUACUUGAUAUGCCCUGACAAUACCUUGGUGCCACCACCUGUAUAAUAUGUGUAUUACCAGAACAGUUACCCACAGUGCACCGUGGUAACACCACCAUUUUGUUACACUAUUUCUUGUAUGUAUAUACAGCACACUGUGAAGACUAGAUCAGACUGUAGGGUCUGUAAGAAAUUAGUGAUGGGGCUGGUUCUCUAUCACCCCUUAUCACAGAGAUAGAAAACCACCUAUCGCCAUGACUUACCAUUAAAGCCUUACUAAUACAGCUGAGCUGCCUCGGAGAUAAUGGCUGCCAGUGGUAAUAGCUUACCACUGUGCUGGGCCGGUCUGAGGGGGAUCUGUGCACGUGUGACCCGGCUAGCCAGCUUGCGUAUGCAAGGGUGAAUUGAAAGCCCAGAUUUUCAGUUUGACUUGUUGCAAAAUAAAACGUAUGUGAUCCGGGUCACACAGGCUUCUCUGCCCCUUGAAUGGGGAAGCAUUUGUUGGCCAGACUCAGUGAAUCGUCUGCAGUGGGGUCUACCGCUAGCGAUAAGACUGCUAUCACCAGCUAUGAUCCUUGUAGAUUUCCAAACCUUCCAAAGACGGCGUAUGGGUGGUGCCCAUAGGCACCAAUCAGCUUCCAGCUAUCAUUAUAUCUAGUAUAUUCUAUAAAAUGAGAGCUGAAAUUCGAUUGGUUGCUAUGGGCAACACAUCCAAGUGUCCUCUUUAAAAAGUUUGAUAAAACUCCUUCAGGGCUUUUCUCAGUUUAAUAAAUAGAGCCCUAUGUGUCUGAAUGAUGUCAGACUUUCCUUAGCCCCAGUGUGAGAGGGAUGUGAAAUACAUUACAUUGAGGUAUAAACUGUGGUCCCCAGAGUAGAAUGUAAAUAAAUCGGGAAGGCUGCACAACGUGGGAGGAUGUCGGUCAUCUUGUGAGUGGCAGCCAUUUUCUGUAUGGUAAGAGGCUGUUUUGUUUAGUUUAUUCAAGUAGCAGUUCUGGUAUAGAAAUGGGUGUACAGUAAAUCCACAACACACUGUUAGGGCCAAAACGCCUUGUGAUAUAACAAGGCUCAUUUCUAGUCAUCCCUGCCUGCUGCAGGCUAUGUGUCUUCUAAACAGGUGUGUAUGGUUACACUCACAGAAAGUGACAGUGGUCACAUGACAUCCACAGCCUUUUAUGUCAUGCCUGGCUGAGGGACACCGUAAUAGUCAUUAUGAAUCAAUACUUCCCUGAUACACUGCAAUAGAGGAUCAUAAGCAUAAAAAUGGCUCUCUGGUGUCUAACCCAUUCAAUACACCUAGAGAGAGAAGCCUGCUGGGAGUUUCAGGUGGUGUUCUGCAGAUGGUAUAUAACCUAGUACUGUAUUUUACUGUACCCCACAUUACCCCCAUCCCUGGACUAGACUCACACAUCAGUAUUGGAAAACAGAUUGAGGGACAUUUAUGAAAAUGGGUGUACAGGUAAUGGGCAUAAGUUAGCAUUUUAUAAAUAAAUUUGUACUAGCAAAAUGGAAGAUUCAAACUAAUUGCCGUGGGUAACAGAUCCUUGGGGGUCAUUCCAACCCGUUCGCUCGCUUCGUUUUCACGCAGCAGAGCGAACGGGUCCCUGCUGCGCAUGCGCCGGCGCCUUUGUGCGCCUGCAGGACGGCCGUGGCAUGACAGUGAUCGCCUCUGCCUGUCAAUCAAUUGAUGGGCGGGAGGGGGCGAAACGGCGGCGUUUGGCUGCCGUUUUGAAGGCGCGGUCCAGCCAACGCAGGCGUGGCUGGACCGAACGGGGGCGGGCUGCAGUGGCUGCGUGACGUCAUACGCAGCUGCUGCGGGCCAGGAAGCAAGGAGUAGCUCCCGGCCAGCUCGCUAAAGCUGCGCUGGCCGGGAGUUACUCCUGAAGUGCAAAGGCAUCGCCACUGUGCGAUGCCUUUGCACUUCUGCGGGGGGGCCGGACUGACAUGCGGGCCGGACUAGCCCCGUGCUGGGUGGCCCCCCGCAUGUCCGGAAAGUUGAUCGUAGCUGUGCAAAAUUUUGCACAGCUACGAUCAACUCGGAAUGACCCCCCUUAUCCAUGGCAACGAACUGUGUACGGGUCACCUGCACACCCGUUUUCCCAACUGUCCCCCCAUUGUACUUUUAAGCUUAGCAAAGGAGCAUUACAAGAGUAUCUAAUGCUAUUAUUUUUUUACUCUCUGCAGAGAUCCAUAUUUCAGCUGUUAUAUCUAGUAUACACUUUCUGUCUGUUUUCUUGUAAAUUUUAAUUUAUUUUUUAAGAAUGAAGAUUUUAUGUUUUUUUUUUUCUUAUGGAAAGAGAUUGUAAAAUAUAUUAAAUUGUUUUUUUAAAUGUG